UAUACCACAAUUCGUCAAACCCUUUAUUCUUGGCCAUUCGUUGAGAAAACUCAUCAAAAUUGAAACUUUCUUCAUUUUUCUUCAUUCGGUUUAUCAUCUUAUCUUUUGAUGGAAAAAAUGUGUGAAUUCAAAAAUAAAAUCUUUCAAGAUAAUCAUCCUGAACAUACCUGGGGUUUCAUGGAAAAGUCGGAUCACGAAUCCUUUGAAGGAGCUUCAACAAUCUCAAAUGGAUCAUCAUCAAUUUUUUCAUGUUCUUCAUUAGAUACAACAGACGAUGCUUCAUCUUCAUCUUCAGUUAACUCAAAUAAAUCUUCUCUACUUGAUUUAUCGAGCCUUAUGUCCGAGUUACCUAUCAAAAGAGGGUUAUCACAGUUUUAUCACGGGAAAUCAGAAUCAUUUACAUCUCUUGCAAAAGUGGUGAGCAUAGAGGACCUUCCAAAGAAACUAAAGAAUCCGUACACCAGGAUGAGGAAGAUGAAAACUAAUAGCAAAAGCUAUGGAGGUGGUUUAGAUAACUACAAGUUACACACACUCCCUAAAUCAACAAUUUCAAAGAAACUUUCACCUUUUUUAAGGCAAAGAAGUUUUGCUAGGUCGUGAUCAGCAAAACAACUGAUGGUAUUCGAAAUUCUAAAAACUCAAGAACCCUCAUCAGUCAUCAUCAAUUCACAACAGUUCUUGGGAGUUUUGGUUAGUUUAUUAUUUAGUAUGAGAUGAGAUUUAGGAAAUUUUGGUAGUAUGUUUGUUGGAGAUUUGAGAUUAUAU